AUGUCUUCCAGAACCAAGACAAAAGUGGCUUGUAAGUUCUGUAAUCUUCGCCGAGUCAAAUGCGAUCGAACCGAGGACAGGGCGUGCAUCAACUGUCGAGUGGCUGGUCAGGAAUGCGAGCCGAUCGUCUCGCGACGUGGAAAAUACAAGCGUUCCAAUACCAGGCGCCAUCGGAGUGCGUCUGCUCGUCGAGCUGUUCAAUCUCAAGAUGGGAAGCAGUGUAGCCCAAGGACUCAACCUGCACCAGAUCGAGAGAGCGCCGGUCCAGAUCCCACAGAGGAUGGGACGGCUGGGAAAGAAGCCUGUGGAUCUGAUCAACCGCGCAGCCAGGGCUUUAUCGAGAGGGCCAAUAACCCAGGUCGCGGCAAGGAGAUGGUGUACUACGGAGAUGCGUUCAAUAUCAACUACGUCCUACGGGAGAUGGGCAAUCCUUUCCAGGGCGAUUUUGACAGCUCCUCCUUUAAACUUGGCAUCGAGGAGUUGUAUAUCAACCGCUUAGGUCAGCCGACGAAGGAUCGGCUUGACUCUCAUGAAUGCAGCGAGCGCAUCCGGCUACAAGAAAUGGGCGCAUUCCAGCGCCUCGACACGGAGAUAAGCGACGCCCUUGUCCAGACUUUUUUCGCUAUCGUAUACCCGCUCUGUCCCAUUUUUGAUCUUUCAGAGUUCCACACCAAAUACAAGGCAGAACAGAUCUCCCCUCUUGUGUUGCAGGCGCUGUAUUUCGUCGCCGCGGCUCAUUGUGAAUUGUCACUGAUCGAAAAGGCGGGGUUUGCCAAUCGGUACAUGGCUACUUUUACAUUCUAUCAAAGAGCAAAGGCAUUGUACGAUGCAAACUAUGAAUCAGAUGCUAUUGCUACAGUCCAGGCCUUGUACUUUCUGUCCUAUUGGUGGGGUAGUCCUUUGGAACAAAAGGAUAUGUGGCACUGGACGGGGCUAGCUGUUGGCCUUGCACAGACUCUCGGCUUGCACCAGAGUAAGACAUAUGCGGGCUUACCAGUAAGGCAACAGAAGUUUUGGAGACGUAUUUGGUGGACCGUCUAUAGUCAUGAUAUCCUUAUGGCCCUUACGCUGGGCAACACUCCGCACGUCAAUGAGGCAUAUUGUAGCGUGCCCUUGUUGUCUGAGGCAGACAUUGAGGACAAUGAGGAAGACAUGGAUGAUAUGCAUCUGUUUAUAAGUUGGACUCCAGAAAGCCGUCUGUACAUCGUUUAUCUUGUGGACUUGGCCAAGCGAACCAGUCAGUGUCUCCAGGCCCUCUUCGGUGCCAGAUCGGAUGAGUCUACAAUACAAACCAGCCUUGACAGAAUCUCCUCAUGGCAAACAACCCUUCCCAAAGCACUACAGUGGAACCACUCCGCGAUUUCCUUGCAGAAUGGCCAUUGGUCGUCUUUAAUCCAUCUGACAUACCACACAUGCCAAAUCCUUCUACAUAGGAACGGAUUCCAGUCCCCAAAUAGGCUGAGGAUAGGCUCACUGCCUUCUGAUGCUGCUGUCAAUAUUGUGCGAAUCCUCGAGGACAUGAUGUCCUCUGGCGUUCUAACCGUGUCGUGCCUACGAACACUACCGGCUGUAUUUGCCUCCCUAAGUGUCCAGAUUGCGAACAUUAGUGGAAGUGCACCCGAUGCAACCGAAAUUGCAAAGCAUAGAGCGCGCUUCUGCAUGCUUGUCCUGAAAACGUUGCAGGAUCGUUGGACUCCGCUCCUAUGGUACUAUUCUAUGUUCGUGAAAAUACUGUACAAAAUGGGCUGUGAAAUUCCAGAUGACGGGGGCCACAGCACUGGUUCAUCCCAUGGUCACUCCUUGGCGGGCUCGGGUGCGGCUGAGCCUCUUUCUGAAGCUAUAUGGAGGCAGCCGCAACACAACCCGGUUUCGGAUGUUUCCAGCGGGUCAUUCAUGGCGCAAGUCCUAACCGAGGAGGCUGAUUAUGGUGCAAUGCUGGAGUGUUUCCCAUUUUCCAGCUUCUUGACUGACAGCAUUUCUGGACAAUCCGACAACCUGGUGGACCAGCCUGGCAUUUAG